UUUCUCACAUCCCAAUUUCCGUAUUUAAAUACGAAAACUAAUUUUCAAAUAACUUCUCAACUUAUUCACUCUCAGAAUCUUCAUCUUCAUCUUUCAGCAUCAAAAUGCCCCAAAUUUCUUCUUCAAAUUAGGGUUCACAAAAUCUCAUUUCUCUUCAUCUUCACUCUCCAUGGAAUCCUUCUGCGUCAACUCUCUGUACACAGUUUCUCCUCAAUUGACUCUCUCGCCCAGAAUCGAGCAGAGGAAAGUGCGGAGAGUGCGAAUUUCGAAUUUGGCUUCGACCACUGGAAACGGCGCGGUUGUGAGGCCGUUGCAGCUGCCUAGUAAUUCAAAGUCGAAUAACAGUGCGUUGGAGCAGCUUGACAUUGAGCGUGGUGUUUGUAUACCUUUCCGCAAGUACUCACCUGAGAUUGUGAGGAAUAAGGUAUUAGGAUCAAGAGGAUCUAUUUUGUCUCUAAUUUCACGAGGAGUGGAGAUAGUUUUGAGUCUGGGCUUGUAUUGGUCUGCCUUGGUGUAUGAUUUCCUUGUUGGAAGAGAUGAAGAAGUUGUUCCAUUUCGUGCUCGACAGCUUAGGAACCUCUUGUGUGAUCUGGGGCCUUCAUUUAUUAAAGCUGGUCAGGUCCUUGCAAACAGGCCAGAUAUCAUUAGAGAAGAUUAUAUGAGUGAACUUUGCAUUCUUCAAGACGAUGUCCCUUCAUUUCCCAAUCAAAUUGCCUUCGGUAUCAUAGAGGAAGAACUGGGUCAGCCCCUUGAAACUGUUUUCAGCAGCAUCUCAUCAGAGACUAUAGCAGCUGCGAGUUUAGGUCAAGUUUACCGUGCUACUUUACGUGCCACUGGCGAGGAUGUUGCUAUAAAGGUUCAAAGGCCCGGGAUAGAGCCCAUAAUUUAUCGAGAUCUUUUCCUAUUUCGUACUUUAGCUUCAUUCUUAAACGGCAUCAGUAUACAGAAACUGGGUUGUAAUGCUGAGCUGAUUGUUGAUGAAUUUGGUGAAAAGCUUUUGGAAGAGCUUGAUUAUACAUUGGAAGCCCGCAAUAUUGAAGAUUUUCUAGAAAAUUUUAAAAACGACCCCACUGUCAAAAUUCCUCUUGUUUACAAACAACUUUCUGGGCCACGUGUAUUAGUGAUGGAAUGGAUUGAUGGUAUUAGGUGCACCAAUCCACAGGCAAUUAAAGAAGGUGGUAUUGAUCUAGAUGGAUUUCUAACAAUUGGUGUGAGUGCUGCACUUAGACAAUUGUUGGAAUUUGGAUUAUUUCAUGGAGACCCUCACCCUGGAAAUAUUUUUGCCAUGCGUGAUGGACGGAUUGCAUAUGUGGACUUUGGCAAUGUUGCUGUUCUUAGUCAGCAAAAUAAACAGAUUUUAACUGAUGCUGUUGUACACGCUGUGAAUGAGGACUAUGCUGAAAUGGCUAAUGAUUUCACCAGAUUAGGCUUCCUGGCAGCAGGGACUGAUGUCUCUCCAAUAGUUCCUGCUUUAGAAGCAAUUUGGCAAGACUCUGCUGGAAAAGGACUGGCAGAUUUUAAUUUUCGCAGUGUCACUGGGAAGUUUAACCAGUUGGUUUACAAUUAUCCCAUUCGAAUCCCAGAAAGGUUUUCACUCGUAAUUCGUUCUUUAUUGACUCAAGAAGGCAUAUGUUUUACUCUGAAGCCUGACUUCAAAUUUCUUGAGGUUGCAUAUCCAUAUGUGGCUAAGCGACUACUAACAGAUCCAAAUCCAGCUCUACGUGAACGACUCGUACAGGUUCUAUUCAAAGAUGGCCUUUUCCAGUGGAAACGGCUUGAAAACCUUAUUGUUCUUGCAAAGGAAAAUGUGGCCAAGAUGAGCAGCAAUCCAGCAUUGCAAGUGAAAAACACGCAAACCCAGAGAAACUGGAAAGUUAAUAAAAAAUUGGACCUUACUGAUACAAUCAAAGAUGGAGCUCGCCUUUUCUUUGUUGACGAAGGAAUCCGCCGGCAGCUUCUACUUGCUUUGACCGAGGACUCAAAGCUUCAUAUAGAAGAGCUUGUCGAUGUAUAUAGGUUGGUUGAAGAUCAGAUAGAUAUACCCUCAGUGGCCGUAGAAGUAGCUCGAGACUUCCCAACUGUUGUCAGGGAUCUCCUACUUUCAUGGAGCGAGUCAGUCUUAUCUGAUAGAUAGUUGAAUUUUUGGACGGUGUAUAGCAAAUACAAAUAUUGUUUCAGUCAGAUGAGCAUACUUGCACAAGGAUUAUUAUAUGAAAUUAUAAAUGACCGCCAAGACUUGGUUGGUAAAGGAAAUAACUAGUAAAUUUGUAUAGGAAACAAUAUAUUUCUCAGUAAAUAUUAAAUUGAAUUUUCAAUGGAAGAAGUAAAAAAGUUCAUAUUGAUCCUCGA